AUGCGUCUGCUGUGGCUGCUUCUUCCUCUGGCGCAGUUGGCUGCCGCUCGUCCAGAGAAUGCAACAAACGACCUCCUCUGGGGCGCGUAUCGCCCCAACCUCUACUUCGGCCUUCGUCCGAGGUUACCGCAAUCCCUUAUGACAGGCCUCAUCUGGUUCGGCACCCAUAACUACGCCUCUAUAAGCAAGGCGCGUCAUGCCUGCGAACAAGGAGAUGGGCUUGAUUCCUACACCUGGACAACCUUGGAUCCUCGCCAGGGAGGCGUACAGGUUCUCAAAGACAGUCAGAACAAUGUUGAGUUGACCACAGAAUUUCUCAAAGUGCCUGGUGGAAGUCAUGGUGGUAGCUGGAUUGCACGCGUCAAGGGCAAGCCUAUGGACCCAACGAUACCUUCCAGUAUUUCUACCAUUUUUUAUCUUGGCCUAGAGGGGCUUGGUGGACUGGAUAUGAUAACGGACGAGGAUGAGGACGGGCUUGAAGGUCCAAUCGAGUUCGCCGGCUCUUCACCCGAAUUGGACGAAUUUACUGUACGAAUUGUUGACGGUAGUCCCAACAAUCAGGGUGUGACUUCGGGCCCCUAUUCCGAUGUAUUCGCGGACCGCAUUGGCAAAUCACACUUCUUUGGUUUGCGCGUAAACAACGGAGACAUAUGGACGGCGAAGGACUGGAUUCUCCAAAACAUUGUCAAGCGUGCUACGGAGAUUGUUCAACCGUACCAGGACAACCCGCCUCCACCUGAUCCAUCUUUCGUUUUGCAGCUUUCGGACGAGGUUUACUCGGCUAGCAACCUUUAUGCUGUACAGAAGACAUUCGAGGGAGAAUUCCAAUUUGAUGUUUUCUACGAAAAUGGCGAGGCCGCCGGAAAAUUGAACAGUGACGUGAUGGACGAAGGUGUAUCCAACCUCGUUUCUACGUUCGACCAGCGGUUCGAAAACGUAUUACCGACCUCCUCAGCAUAUCCUACCGCUGAACCCGAGGCUUUGGAUGCAUUCAGCAAAGCCGUGACUUCUAAUCUCUUAGGAGGCAUUGGUUACUUCUAUGGAACGUCUAUUGUUGACAAGGGUUUCGCUUAUGAAUGGGAUCAGGAAGAUGACGACGAUUCGGAUGAAGACGAGGACGACGGGGGCAGACCCACCUCUGGCGCUCGAUUGACUGAGCCUCGGGCACUUUUCACAGCAACCCCCAGUCGCAGUUUCUUCCCUCGUGGGUUCUACUGGGAUGAAGGGUUCCAUCUGCUGCACAUUGGACAAUGGGAUAACGACCUGAGCCUGGAGAUUCUCAAAGACUGGAUCAAUCUGAUUGACGACAAUGGUUGGGUUGCACGUGAACAAAUCCUUGGGGAAGAGGCACGCAGCAAGGUACCUGCCCAGUUCCAAACACAAGUUCCUACAUUUGCCAACCCUCCUACACUGACAAUGGCAGUCACCGCGUUCAUUGAUCGCCUCAAGUCUCAGUCGAAUGGUCCUUCUGCUGCUGAUCUUGGCCUUGACUUUGGCACACCUGGUAGCCAAGCUGCUUUCAAGGCUGAAGAGGAAGUUACCAACGGUAGCAAGUACCUUUUGCAUGAUCAUGCAUUGGAGUACUUGCGCUCGAUUUAUGAACCUUUGAAACGUCAUUAUAACUGGUUCCGUCGCACACAACGCGGUCAGAUCAAGCAGUACGGACGGAAGGCACGCUCACGAACGGAGGCUUACCGUUGGCGCGGUCGCUCAGAGCAGCACGUCCUCACUAGCGGCAUGGACGACUAUCCAAGAGGUCCACCGCACGCUGGAGAACUUCACCUUGAUCUGAUCAGCUGGAUGGGCUUCUUUUCGAGGACUAUGCGCGAGAUUUCUGAGUUCAUUGGCGAGACAGAUGACGCUGCUAGCUACGCUGAGAUUGAAAAAGCAAUCAUUGACAACAUUGAUGACUUGCAUUGGAGCGAGGAAAACCAGAUGUACUGCGAUGCAGGUAUCAGCUCUGAAGACGAAUCCGAACAUAUCUGUCACAAGGGAUAUCUUUCGCUCUUCCCCUUCAUGCUCUCCCUUUUGCCGACUGACUCACCUCAUCUUGGGCCUGUGCUUGAUCUCCUUCGUGAUCCCAAAGAACUCUGGUCGCAAUACGGCAUCCGGAGUUUGUCGGCAUCUCAUCCCGAGUUUGGACAAGGCGAAAACUACUGGAAAGGCCCUAUCUGGAUGCAAAUGAACUAUAUGGUUUUGAGCUCACUGCACAAGACCUACGCUGCUCAAGAAGGCCCCCAUCGGGAACGUGCCCAAGAGAUUUACACUGAGCUACGCAAGAACGUUGUAGACAACGAAUACACGCGGACAGGCUAUGUUUGGGAGCAAUAUGAUUCGAUGACAGGAGAGGGAAGAAGAAGCCAUCCCUUCACUGGAUGGACCUCGCUCGUGGCUUUGAGUAAGCACGCUUGCCACACACGAGUUGCUGAUACUAACGAUACUUUCGCUCAGUCAUCGCAGAAAGCUACUAAUCUCCAAUCUAUACUUGGGGCCAUGAUAACACCAGUAUAUCUAAUAGAUGGCGACAGCAUUCAUAAGGAAUAA